AAACCGAAAAAAAAAACGCUAAGAAGGCUCUUAGGGUUUCCCAGCCGACGGAAGCGACGACGAGGGCCGAGCCAAAUACGAUUCGUCAAUCGUUGGAGAAGGAAGAAUGGCGAUUGCGGAUUUUGGGCAAUUGAAUAUGGAGGAGCCCCCUCCGUUCUGGGGAUCUCGUGGCGUCGAUUGCUUCGAGAAGCUUGAACAGGUCGGCGAAGGAACUUACGGUCAAGUAUACAUGGCUAGAGAAAUUAAAACUGGGGAGAUCGUGGCUCUUAAGAAGAUCCGUAUGGACAAUGAAAGAGAAGGGUUUCCCAUCACAGCCAUCCGUGAAAUCAAAAUUCUGAAGAAGCUGGAUCAUCCAAACGUCAUUCACUUGAAAGAGAUUGUUACUUCCCCUGGUCGAGAUAGGGACGAUCAAGGAAAGCCAGAUAAUAACAAAUACAAGGGCGGAAUCUACAUGGUCUUUGAGUACAUGGAUCAUGACUUGACCGGACUUUCUGAUCGUUCUACUCAGGGAUUUACUGUUCCUCAGAUCAAGUGUUACAUGAAGCAACUGCUCACUGGGCUUCACUAUUGCCAUAUUAAAAAAGUUCUUCAUCGUGAUAUUAAAGGUUCCAACCUCCUUAUUGACAAUGAGGGAAACUUAAAGCUUGCGGAUUUUGGGCUUGCACGGUCCUAUUCUCAUGAUCACGAUGGAAAUCUUACAAACCGUGUCAUCACGUUGUGGUAUAGGCCCCCUGAAUUGUUACUCGGUGCCACAAAAUAUGGACCAGCGAUUGACAUGUGGUCAGUUGGUUGCAUAUUUGCUGAGCUUUUGAAUGGGAAACCAAUCUUGCCUGGCAAAACUGAGACUGAACAAUUGACUAAGAUUUAUGAACUCUGCGGAUCUCCUGAUGAAAACAACUGGCCUGGUGUUUCGAAGAUGCCUUGGUUUGACCAACUGAAAUCACCUCGGCCCUUGAGAAGACGUUUAAGGGAUAUCUACCGAAACUUUGAUCGCCAUGCCCUUGAACUACUGGAAAGAAUGUUGGUGCUUGACCCGUCUCAGAGAAUAUCUGCAAAGGAUGCUCUUGAUGCAGAUUACUUUUGGACUGAUCCGUUGCCGUGUGAUCCAAAGAGUCUACCCAAAUAUGAAUCAUCACAUGAGUUCCAGACAAAGAAAAGGCGGCAAGAGAUGCGUCAUAAUGAGGAAGCAGCCAAAAAACAGAAAAUGCAGCAUCCGCAGCAACACUCUCGUUGGCCUCCACAGCAACACGGUGUUGGUCAGGCUCAUGCCGCUCCACACUGGCCUGCUGGACCGAACCACCCUAUUAACAACGGACCACCACCUCAACUACCUGCUGGUGGACCUAGUGGUCAUCACUAUUAUCAGAAUCCCCGUGGCCCCGCACCUGCUUCAAACGGGUACCAGACUGGAGGGUAUAAUAAUCGGAGCCGUGGAGGUUAUAGCAGCGGAUCAUACCCUUCACAAAGUCGAGGUGCACCUUAUGGCGCUGGUCCUAACGGUGGCUAUGGUGUUAGACCGCCCAACUACUCACAAAAUGGCGGUCAGUUUAGUGGCUCUGGAAGAGGACAGAACCCAAUGGGUGGUGCUAGAAACCAACGAUAUGGAGGAUGGCAAUAAUAAGUAAAGAGAGAGCUCAAAGACUGUCUUGUCAUAUGGUGGUGGGUCUUGGCUCGAUGUCUCAAAGGCAGUUGUGAUAUUAGUUAUGAAAACUUCUUUCUCGACAAACAAAAUCUAUUUGUUAAUUAGUUUCAACAUAUAUGAAGUUAAACUGAA